AUGAUAGCCAAGGCUGAGAUUCAGCCCCAGACCGGAGGACCGCUGGAGAAGGCAGACCAGCCCGAUUCCUCUUCCACCGAGGGCCCUCUAUCAGGGGACAACACCGACACGAAGCGAGGCAAAGAUGCCGUCUUCAUCGAGCCUAUCCGUACCGUCACCGGGGUUAAUGUCCCUGUCUUUGAAGCGGGUAGUGCUCUCUGCAGCGCGGCGCCAAACAUGACCAGGCUCAUCGUCGGGCUUGCGCUGUGCGGUCUCGACGGUGUUGAGAGUUGGGCCUUCUACAUCAACCUCACCAUCGGCGGCCUAGCCGUGCCCGUCUAUCUCUUCAUGCUCCCAUCCCCUGACCCUCAGCCUGGCGCGACCAUCCUGCAGCGACUCGUCGAGAUCGGCUGGAUCGGUGCUCCGCUGAUGCUCAGCUCCAUCGUCUGCUUCACCAUGGGCAUCUCGUUCGGCGGCGUCCGGUACGAGUGGGACUCGGGCUCCGAGAUAGCACUCUUCGUUGUCGCAGGCGUCCUUUUCAUCAUCUUCGGCGUUCAGCAAGCGUACUGCAUCGGUACAACCAAGGAGCGCCGCAUCUUCCUAGUCGAGCUCAUCGCCUCUCGCACGGGCUUCUCGAUUGCCCAGGCCAGCGUGCCGGCACCCAAGGCUGCUGUUGCGUCCUUUUUGAUUCCUUUGGCGCAGACGAACGGUAUCAACAUCGCGCUGGCAGUCAGUAACGCCGUGUUUCUGAACAGAGCUGAGAAACGGCUGACUGCGAUUCUCCCGGACACUGUCACGGAGGCCCAGAUCCAGGCUGCGAUUGCUGGUGUCGGGACGGACUUUGUCACGACGCUGUCUCCGCGGAUGCAGCAGGAGGUUCUCGAGGCUAUCGUCGAGGCUCUGAAUCUGCCUUAUAUCUUGGUCAACACUGCUGGGGCACUUGUCUUGGCCUGUAGUGUUUUGAUGAAGAGGGAACGCUUGUUGAUGCCGGCUGAUGUAGGAGUUUGA